AUGGAUACCAUCAGAGAAGCGCCAUUGGGGCAACUGCUUCGAUACGUUACGGGAAACAGAAUCCUUCAGUACCCAGAAGAGAAACCAGACUUCGAGCUUCCAGCGGCAUACAAUGUUCUCCUCAACACAACUUCCUCAGAGAAGCGACCGGCAGUAUCGAGAGGUGUGACAGCAUUAAGCAACGGGGACAGUGCGGACACAACACAAUCCAGCAUCAGUGGUGAUGAGCCUUCCGACCUCGAAAAGAUAGAGACAGAAGCAGCGGUGGUUGAGGGUGACAAGUUGUCCCUGAAGAAAACAAAGAGUCGGCUAGACACUGUACCAUAUACCGAAGAUCGUCUCGAGAUUGAGGCUGAACUUGCAAUUGAGCGGACACAAACAACACCAAUUGCUCCAACGAAGACGGCCGAUGGUAAAAUCCUUGUGGAUUGGUAUACUACCGACGAUCCAGCCAACCCACAGAAUUGGAGCAAUGGCAAGCGACUAUCAGUCAGCAUAUUAAUUUGUACCUACACUUUCGUUGUCUACACCGGUUCAGCCAUCUAUACUGCCUCUAUCGAAGGUGUCAUUGAGAAAUGGGGAGUCUCACCAGCAGAAGCUUCACUUCCUUUGUCCCUCUAUGUCCUCGCUUACGGAAUCGGCCCCCUUUUAUGGGCCCCACUUUCUGAAAUCCCCAUCAUCGGCAGAUCUCCAGUCUACGCAGCUACUAUGGCAAUCUUCACAAUACUCUCCCUGCCUACUGCUAUGGUGGAUAACUUCGCAGGCCUUCUCGUUCUCCGUUUUCUCCAGGGGUUCUUCGGCUCACCAUGUCUGGCUAUCGGGGCGGCAACCAUGCAAGACAUCUACUCGCUCCUCUACCUUCCAUAUGCACUUGUUGCUUGGGUUUCUGCUGCCUACUGUGGUCCCGCUCUAGGUCCUCUUCUUUCUGGCUUUGCCGUCACAGCUAAAGGCUGGCGCUGGUCCCUCUGGGAAAUUCUCUGGAUGGCCGGUCCAAUCUUCCUCCUUAUGUUUCUUCUCCUUCCUGAAACCUCGUCACCCAACAUUCUACUACGUCGUGCAGCUCGUCUUCGAAAACUUACGGGAGAUCUUCGGCUCGAGUCCCAGUCGGAAAUUGACCAGAAGAAACUGUCGCCUUCCGCCAUCGUUGUCGACGCAAUUGUCAAGCCAAUUGAAAUAACAAUUAAAGAUCCAGCUAUUCUCUUCGUAAACGUCUAUACCGCCAUAAUUUAUGGCAUCUAUUACAGCUUCUUUGAGGCUUUCCCCGUGGUCUAUCCUCCAAUGUAUGGCUUUUCGUUGGGGAUGGUUGGUGUUGUGUUCACCUGCAUCUUGGUUGCUUGUCUCAUCGGCAUCGCAAUUUAUUGCGCUUACCUUAAUUGGAUUCUUAUCCCAGAUAUCAAGAAGAACGGACUACGUGCUCAAGAGUCUAGAUUGGUGCCAGCUUUGUUCGCGUGCUUCGGUCCAACGAUAGGUCUUUUCGUCUUCGCUUGGACCGCCAACCCAUCAAUACAUUGGAUCGCACCAACCAUCGGGAUCGUCAUUUACGCUGCAUCGGUAUUCAUCGUUAUGCAAUGUAUUUUUGUCUACGUUCCUCUUUCGUAUCCUCAAUAUGCAGCUUCGUUGUUCGCAGGUAACGAUUUCUUGCGAUCGGCCUUCGCUUGUGGAUCCAUCAUGUUUGGACGACCCCUAUUCCUCAACUUGGGUGUCGGAAAGGGUGUGUCUGUCCUAGGCGGACUUAGUGUAAUUGGUAUCAUUGGAAUGUUUGCCCUUUAUGCUACCGGUGCUAAGUUGAGAGCGAGAUCUAAGUUUGCGGUUUAA